GGUUUAAUGCUGACGGAAUUAUAGGUUACAUUAAUUACUCUUACAAACACUCAGAAUAUAAUGGAGCCUAGUGACUUUUAAGCAGUGUUCUCUUCCAUUAAUUUCUAUGAUUGGAAGAAAUAAUAGUUUUAUUAAAAUUAUAAAGGAAAGCAAAGAAUCGAAUUUUGAUCAUGUUUUAAAAGAAAAAUGGAGAGAAGCUCAAACGAAAGGAAUAUUUCGUUAUAUAUUAAACGUUCAGGAUUCAAAAGUAUUAGAUGGAAAAUUUCAGUUCAUAGCCCAGUUGAACACCGAUCGUGGAUAUAACAGAAGAUCUCCUGAAAAUAUUAUUUCAAUGAUGCAACCUUUUAACAAGAAGUGUUUUAACUUUAUGCAACUUACAUCAGAAGAAAUAAUAAUGGAUUUAAAUAAUAAGGAUGAAGAAGACAUAAUUGCAAUUAAUAUUAGUCCAAUAGAAUAUUGUCAUUCUCUAUUAUUACCACAAAGAUGUAAACAAUUACCUCAAGUUGUAACAAAGUAUAGUCUAUACAAAGCUAUUGAAAUAUUUUCAUUCAGUUGUUCUUUGUAUCUCAGAGUGGCAUUUAAUAGUCUUUGUGCUUAUGCAUCAGUGAACCAUCUUCACUGGCAUCUGUACUACUUGAACCAUAGGAUGUUAUUGGAAUAUAUUGAUCUAGAUGAAUUUGUAGGUCCUGUAGAAAUUUUAAGAAAUUAUCCAGCAAAUGGAUUCUGUAUAAAACGGUCAAAUGUGCAGAGCAUAGACGACCUAGUAACUUGGGCAUUUUUAAUAAUAAAUUAUUUACAAGAAGCAGAAAUAGCACACAAUGUUUAUAUUACGAGGGCAAAAGGUGGUUCUGGAAAAGAAUACGAAGACUUGAGGAUUUACAUUUGGGCUAGAAAGUCCAGCAGUGGUAUAAAGGAUACCAGUGCUCUUAUUAUAGCUGUUUGUGAACUAUUUGGUCAUUUAUCGAUAAAAGAUGCAGACGAAUAUAAGAAUUUAUCAGAAGAAUAUGUAGCUAACAUUCUUAGAGACGUUACCGAAGAACCUUUUUCAUUGGUUCUUGACAAAGUAAGAAAUCUGAUAGAAAAAUGCACAAUGUUACCAGAAAUAUGAGUAUGUGA